GCCGCUCCCCGCCGCCGCCGCUCCCCGCCGCCGCUCCCCGCCGCCGCCGCCGCCGCGCUGCAGGACUGGCUAUGGCCACCACUACUUCCGGGUUCCGUCACUUCAUUCUCCCGCCGAUCAGCGCCGCAAAACUGAGCCUCUUCUAUAAGGCAGCCGGCAGCCAACCUGCCAACACUUACUGACACUCACUCAUCCCAGGGAGUGAGGGAGAGAGGGAGACAAAAUACCUGCCGGGAGGAAAAAAAAAAAAAAAAAAAGGAGAGAGGGGGAAGUCCGGGCUUUGCAAACUAUUCAAUUUUUCUUCGCAUCUUUCCCCACCCCCCUUCACAAGUACUUUGAAAAAAACAAAACAAAACCAAAACCAACAACCCUAUAAGCGAUCCUAAAAGGCAAAACCCGAGCACGGAGUUACUGGAAGAAGAAACCGGGGUUAAAAAGAUUCCUCCUCUCUUCUUCAUCAUCAUCAACCAUCAUUCAUUCACUACCUUGACAUUCCCUGGCUUUGAUUGACAGCUGGAGUGGCAAAAAGCCAUGAGACACGACAGUUUGGUUACAUGUGGGUUGCUGACGGGCCGAUCGUAACCUUCAGUUUGGGGGCUUGACAAUUUUUUUUUUUUUUUUUUUUUUUUUUUUUGCGUAGAGAAAGAAAAAAGGAAAAAGAGAGACAGAAAAAGGAAAGAGAAAGAGACAGAAAAAAAGAAGAAAACACAGAAACUCAUCGUGGUUCUUGACUGUUUUUUAUAUAUUGUUGUUGUUAUUGUUGUUGUUAUUACUAUUAUUUACCCAUAUUGGAGGAUAGGAGAAGUCUAUAAGUGGGUUGCAAAAAAAAAAAAAAAAAGGAAUCUUCUUCACUCUAAAUCACUUUCUUUGCUGGACUGGGAUAUUAAAUAUACGACACAUCCAGGAGUUUAUUGGAGCGCAGACUGAUGGCGCAAAGGUACGAUGAGCUGCCCCACUACGGCGGGAUGGACGGAGUAGGGGUGCCGGCGUCCAUGUACGGGGACCCCCACGCCCCCCGGCCGAUCCCCCCGGUGCACCACCUCAACCAUGGGCCGCCGCUCCACGCCGGACAGCACUACGGCGCCCACGCCCCGCACCCCAAUGUCAUGCCGGCCAGCAUGGGCUCCGCUGUCAACGACGCGCUGAAACGGGACAAGGAUGCGAUCUACGGGCACCCGUUGUUCCCCCUCUUAGCUCUGGUCUUUGAGAAGUGCGAGCUGGCGACCUGCACGCCCCGGGAGCCCGGCGUGGCCGGCGGGGACGUCUGCUCCUCCGACUCCUUCAACGAGGACAUCGCCGUCUUCGCUAAACAGGUCCGCGCCGAAAAGCCACUUUUUUCUUCAAAUCCAGAGUUGGACAAUUUGAUGAUCCAAGCAAUACAAGUACUAAGGUUUCAUCUUCUGGAAUUAGAAAAGGUUCAUGAAUUGUGUGAUAAUUUCUGCCAUCGGUACAUUAGUUGUUUGAAAGGAAAAAUGCCAAUAGACCUCGUUAUUGAUGAAAGGGAUGGCAGCUCCAAAUCAGACCAUGAAGAACUCUCAGGAUCUUCCACAAAUUUAGCCGACCAUAAUCCUUCAUCUUGGAGAGACCACGAUGAUGCAACCUCAACGCACUCGGCAGGCACACCAGGGCCCUCCAGCGGGGGCCACGCUUCCCAGAGUGGAGACAACAGCAGCGAGCAAGGUGAUGGUUUAGACAACAGUGUAGCCUCACCUGGUACAGGAGACGAUGAUGACCCAGACAAGGACAAAAAGCGUCAGAAGAAAAGAGGCAUUUUCCCCAAAGUAGCAACAAAUAUCAUGAGAGCGUGGCUUUUCCAGCAUCUCACACAUCCAUAUCCUUCAGAGGAGCAGAAGAAACAGUUAGCCCAAGACACGGGACUUACAAUUCUACAAGUAAACAACUGGUUUAUUAAUGCCAGAAGAAGAAUAGUACAGCCUAUGAUUGACCAGUCAAAUCGAGCAGGUUUUCUUCUUGAUCCUUCAGUGAGCCAAGGAGCAGCAUAUAGUCCAGAGGGUCAGCCGAUGGGAAGCUUUGUGUUGGAUGGUCAGCAGCACAUGGGAAUCCGGCCUGCAGGACCUAUGAGUGGAAUGGGCAUGAAUAUGGGCAUGGAUGGGCAAUGGCACUACAUGUAACCUUCAUCUUGUAAACCAGUCGCAAAGCAAGGGGGAAGUUUGCAAGGCAUGCCAGGGGACUACGUAUCUCAGGGUGGUCCUAUGGGUAUGAGUAUGGCACAGCCAAGUUACACUCCUCCCCAGAUGACCCCACACCCAACUCAAUUAAGACAUGGACACCCAAUCCAUUCAUAUUUGCCAAUUCACCCCCACCACCCAGCCAUGAUGAUGCACGGAGGACCCCCUACCGACCCUGGAAUGACCAUGUCAGCACAGAGCCCCACAGUGUUAAAUUCUGUAGACCCCACUGUUGGUGGACAGGUUAUGGACAUUCAUGCCCUAUAGAAUAAGGGAACUCAAGGGAAAAACAAAACAAAAACAAACAGAAACUAUUUUAAGACUUUUGAACUUUGACCAGAUGUUGACACUUAAUACGAAAUUCCAGACAGCUGUGAUUAUUUUUUACUUUUUGUCAUUUUUCAUCAACAACAGAGGACCAAUGAAACAAGAACACAAAUGUGAAAUCAUGGGCUCACUGAAAUGAACAUGUCCAUGUACAGAUCCUCUGGAAAAAAAAAAGACUCCAAGAGUUAUAACUACUGUAGUAUAAACAUAGGAACUAAGUUAACUUGUACAUUUCUGUUGAUCACUCCGUUACGUUGCCUCAAAUAGUUUUAGAAGAAAAAAAAAUCCUUGUUUUCCACACUAUGUGUGUUGUUCCCAAAAGAAUGACUGUUUUGGUUCAGCAGUGAAGUCACUAUCCAUGAAAGACCUGUUUUGGCCAGUGAGAAAAGAACUACCCUGGAGAUGAAGAUGAAAAGUCUUGCUGGGUCUCUCAUCACUCAGAAGACUGUUCCAAGAAGGCCUUGCCAUUCCCUCAUUUUGUUCCUUCAUAAAAUGUGUCCUUUAGUUUCAAACAGAUCUUUAUAGUUUGUGCUUCAUUAAGUCUCUCCCCAUUCCUCCCAAUCUAUUUUUUUUUUUUUUGGACUCUUCUUCAAAGAGCUUGCAGGUGAAGAUUUAAAAGACAGAACAGACAGAGCAGAAGCUUCUUCCAGUAGUUCUGAGCCUUGGCUUUGGACAAAACAAAACUAAAAGUUGGGCAGCUUUCCUCAAUGAAAGAAGUUACUAACGGUCUUUGCACCAAACCUAGGACUUUAUCAUGAACUCAAAGCUUGGGAAAAAAAAGCAAGAGAAUACUGUAACAAACUUCGUACAGAGUUCAGUCUAUUAAUUGUUUCAUGUUAGAUAUUCUAUGUGUUUACCUCAAUUGAAAAAAAAAAGAGAAUGUUUUUGCUAGUAUCAGAUCUGCUGUGGAAUUGGUAUUGUAUGUCCAUGAAUUCUUCCUUUCUCAGCACGUGUUCCUCACUAGAAGAAAAUGCUGUUACCUUUAAGCUUUGUCAAAAUUUACAUUAAAAUACUUGUAUGAGGACUGUGACGUUAUGUUUUAAAAAGGAAAAAAAAGGUGUUAAGUCACAAAAUGCGGUAAUAAAUAUUUCAUUUUUGA